AUGGAUUCACAGAGCCCUGCACCUCAGAUGAAGCUGUCAGUCAUUGACAAAACCAAAGAUGAACGUGGUACAUACUCUACUCCGACAAUCGGUAAAGGCAAGUCCAAGACCAAGGACAAGAGAGCACGGUCCGAGGAUAUCUGCCCUCAUGCCAGUGGCGACUCAUCAUCUCCGCAACCUCAAGGAAUACUGGCGACGCACGCGAGAUUGUCAAGUAUAAGUAUGAAUGACAAAUCGCAGCCGCGGAUCUCAAGUUCGACGUUGGUUCCGACCAUAGCGCCGGUUGCACUAGGUUCUUCCAUGUUUUCGCAGCCCAAUGCGGCCUUCCCGCUGAUGAGCCAACAAUUUUCUCAAUGUGAACCACAAUUUCAGGAGCCUCGUGCACCUCUGCUGCAAGAUUAUGCUAUGUAUGGUCUCGGGGGAUACUCGUUCGCCUUUUCUCCAUCUAUGCAAGGUUUGAGCGCACCGAACGUCAUUCCUUUCAUGUCGUCCGCAUCGCAGGCACAGUCCUCUGGCCUGGUUACCCCAUCGGAUAUAGCUCCAUGCAGCAGUAUGAUCGGUGGGUUCCCCUCGACCAUUAGCCAAUCGUCGUCAAUCCUAGAAUCGGUUGUUCCAACCCCUGGACUGCAAGGGUAUCACCAAGUCAGCGGUCGAAUGACGGCUGUCAAUCAGCCACUGUUCUCGAUGGGCCCUUUUCUGGAAGCAUCACUGCGCAAAUCUCUGAGCCAAAUCUCGAUCGAUUAUGCAGCCCUAUCAACUCAGCUUACAAGUCUCGAUAGAUACAUGGCCAUGCAUACUUGGGAUAUGGAUCCCUGCGCGAAGAAGUCCUUGGUUGAACAGCGAAAGAGUUUGGUGCGAGAAUUAGAUGUGGUGCGGUCGUACAAAGAACAGUUGGAAGCAACCCUCGGUGUCUCGAAAGAAUCUGGGAAUCAGAAGGCAAAGGAGGCUGGCGUUGCAGUCCAAUCGAACAAUUGUUUGCCUCAGAGCGUGAUGACCAAUCAAUUUCCUCUGGAAAUGCCCCCUUCUGCUUCACAAUAUGCGAUACCUGGAUUUUCCAUGCUGUCUCCGGUCAGUGUGGUGCCGCCAGUUCUCCUGGCCGAUCAGCCUGUCGACCCGUAUUUUCAGUGGCAGGCCAGUCAAAAUGUGGGAAGCCUGGACAAUUACUUUGGAUUCCAAAAUCCGUCCUCAGGACGUAAUGCUUCGAUGGCAUCUAGGCUAUCCCGACGCAAUCGAAACUCUAAGUCGGGAUCGGACUUUGCCAGAGCCAAUACCCGAGCUAGAGACCUCGUUGGAGGUAGCGCAAGAGAAGGAAAAUCAGGCGUCAAUGACGGCUGGACGUCCUUUGCGCGACCGACAUUCUCUGAACUCUGUGGUACAGAUCGUAUGAUUGGAGAUGCCACGCGAAAGGUUGAUCCCAACAACGAACUUAUUCAAGAACUGUCACGGGGUUCAGUACAAGCGCCGGUACCAGACAGUCAUAGAUACAGUGACAAAAACGCGAAAGUCCAUUCCUACCUUCAAAGAAAAUCGUCCACGGAGUUGAUCGAAGGAGCCGGGAUGUACAGGCCGGCCAUACCACUUCUCAGAAGACCUUGGGCAUCUGAAAUCCCAAUUCAAAGAGCGCCCAUCCGGCGUGGCGAGAUGUCUUUCAAGACAGAUGAGGACACAGAUAGCAAGUCAUUGUCGUCCUAUACAUCGACAACGGAUUCAUGGGCUACCGGUCGUAGCGAGGACAAGCGUUCGGUGGACAGGAACUCGCUCCAUUGUGAAGAGAGCGGAAAUGAUUUGGAGACGCAUGAGAAAAGUCGACGCUAUCCCAACCUCGCCGCCGCAAUAGACCCGGAACACACGGCGCAGCUUUCAAAUGCCAGUGGUUCGAAUCCAAAAAGUUCACAAUCGCAUAGCACAAUCGCAUAUGGACCGCGUCCUUCCACUUCAGCGACUAGUAUGAGUGAUUUGAGCGAAGGAACGAACUCUGUCAGCGCGAAGCAGGCCAACCCCCAAUUACUCACACAGUACUUGAACAAGGAUCACGGUUUGCUUGUUCAGAAAACUACCGCAUUGGCUGUGUCUCAAAAUGUCAAUGCCCAUGCGUUCCUUGCCCCUGUUGAAGGCAUGCUGAACAGACCUUAUUUGAGCGAGAUCAGUCAUGGUGAUGACAAAAUGCAAGCCCUGGCCCAGCACGCAAAGCUGGGAAAAGUUUGA